GUCGGUAAAAGAGGAAAUGACUGUAGUAGAACGACAUGUCUCCGUUACCUUCCUACCAGUCCCUCACUCUGAAAUGCAGCUUCUUCCUCCCCAGCAAGGAAAGAUAAAUCAUAAAGAAAGAAGUAACGUUGAAGAAAGCAAGGAUGAUUUAUGCUUACGUGAGAUUGAGGCUGGUGAACAAGCAAGUCCCAAGAAGAGGCAGCAACUCAGUGGUCCAUCCAAAGAGACUAAAGAGGAGCCAGAGUUGGAAUUAGAGGAAGACACAGAAAAAUCUAAUGGAAAAAGACCAGCUUUAGAAGAAGACAGUGCAGAACCCAACAAGAAACAUCGACCUCUCAAAUGUGAACGCUGUAAACAGUUAAUGCUAUCCAAUAACCUAGAAUUGUCUAAUGAUAUUUCUUGUGAGUUUUGUUCGAAAGAGUUUGACUGCUACUGUGCACUGGAAUUCCACAAAGUAACCAUUCACAUAGAGAAGAAACCUCAUUGUGCAUUAUGUUGCAAGGUUAUAACGGGCCCGAAAUUAUCGGAGCAUUUACAGAGCCAUGGGCUGACAUCACAGGACCUAAUGAUCACAUGUGAUGAUUGUAACAUCUAUGGUUAUAAGUGGUCCAACAGAACCUUCUUUAAGAAAAAUACUUUCUGUACACACCUGCAAGGGAAGGAUACUCUUUAUAACAAUGUAUUAAUAAAAUGUCCUAAAUGUCCAGCAGAGUUUGAUAGGCUGGAGUUUUUUGAAAGUCAUCGAGAAAAAAUGCACUAACUUUCAACAUGAUUUAUCGUACUGUAAACAGGGUUUUUUUUUUCACCCUUUCACACUAAUGUCUUGCAAACAAUUUGUCCCAUUUUAAAUUUGCCCAGUCACAGUUCUGUUUUGAAAAAUUAUACCAUUUUCUUUGAAUUUGCCCCGUUUUAAAUUCACCCACCUGUGAGUAGGGAGAAAUGGGCGAAAAUAGGACGGUGGCAAAAAUUUCCCUGUUUACAGUAUGAAUCAGCAAAUUUUAAAAUUUCUGUCAAAGAUACUGGAUUUAAGCUACUGAAAUCUCUAAACUCCAAGUGAACUUAAAGAAAAACAUUUACUAUUUUUUUGGUGUCAUUUAUUGUGAUUGUGAUGGAUUGAAAUACAGCUGAAAUUGUACACAGCAGAAAUGAUUUGUUACAUAUACAUACAGUUUUUAUAGAGACAGUAUAUGCUUAUUGUAGCAAACACAUUCAUUAUAAAUUCAUAAAUACAGUGAGGUGAUUGUCCUCCCCCAUUGCUUUAAAAUAGUAAAGUAGACAGGACAAAUAUAUCGAAUUAAGUUAUCAAUGAAGCCAAAUUGUCCGUCUUUAGCAGUGUUUGAAAUAACCGUGUGCCCAACCGCCCAAGAUGCACAAAUUUAGCAGAGGGUGAACAAAUUUGCAUGGUUUGAUGUUCGACUGGACCUGUUAAAAUUUUCGAUAAUUAAAAUUCAUAUAUUUGUCAAUGAUAAAUCUCUUUCACAUCAACUAAUAGUAUCGGUAGCAAAGUGUAACAAGCCAAGAGGAAGAAUUCAUCAGUCUAUAGAUUCUAGCUGGUUUGAAAGUAUGGUGACCUGGUUCCAGUCACAUAAUCGUUAAAAACAAAUUUAUAAAUUACACACAUUUUCUCGGUCGAGUAGAUCUUUGGCAGGGCUGACAACUUUUACUAGCAGUCAGCCCUGCAUGUCUGGCUAAUUUUGCAGUGAGUUUCAAACACUGUCUCUAGCACUUCUGUGUAAGUGUGUUUUACUGUUAUGUAUCAGGUUUAAUGACAGCAGCUAGGCAAUUGCAUGAAUAGUUUUUCAUGUUAAUUUUUGACUGGCUAAAAAGUUGCAGGGAAUAUAUGAUAUAUCAUGUCUUUAAUAUAUGUAAAUUGUACUAAGGUAAUCUAUCAUAAUGUUGUGAGCAUCAAAUAAAAACAUAACUAUGUCUAA